CGCAUCUCCGGCGGUACUCGAACGCACCUCGGGCUGGUAGAUCCAUCCUAGGGCUUUGCAGGGAAAAUAACCUCACUGAGAAAACCAGGACAUCUCCUCUCGUCUCUCAGGAAAGAAAAAAACAUAGGCAGCUUUGGGAGACGGUGGGGUGGAGCACAGGAAGCCGUUGUCACUGAAUAUCCGAACAUGGGCGCUAACUGAUCACUACAGUACACGGAUUUUCGCUUCAAACCACCCGACAGUCACAACACAGAUUUGGAAGAGAAUCGGACUCGAUAAGGGGAUCGGACUCGAGGAGCAAGAUGUCUCGGGGAGUGAUCCAGCCCAGCCAGCAGAAGCUGGCCGAAAAACUCACCAUCCUCAACGACCGAGGCAUCGGGAUGUUGACCCGGGUUUACAAUAUUAAAAAGCAAGGACAAGUUUGGAAGGCAUGUGGGGAUCCGAAGGCUAAACCAUCUUAUCUGGUCGAUAAGAACCUGGAGUCGGCUGUUAAAUUCAUUGUCAGGAAGUUCCCUGCUGUGGAAACCAGAAAUAAUAACCAACAGCUGGCUCAGCUGCAGAAAGAGAAGUCUGAGAUCCUCAAAAACCUGGCUCUCUACUAUUUCACUUUUGUAGAUGUGAUGGAGUUUAAGGACCAUGUUUGUGAGCUGUUGAAUACCAUUGAUGCCUGUCAGGUCUUCUUUGAUAUCACGGUAAACUUUGACCUGACAAAGAACUACCUGGACCUGGUGGUGACCUACACCAACCUGAUGAUGCUGCUCUCCCGCAUCGAGGAGAGGAAGGCCAUCAUCGGCCUGUACAACUACGCCCACGAGAUGACCCACGGCGCCAGUGACAGGGAGUACCCCAGGUUGGGCCAAAUGAUUGUGGAUUACGAGAACCCUCUGAAGAAGAUGAUGGAGGAGUUUGUUCCUCAUGGAAAGUCGCUGUCCGAUGCGCUGAUCAGCCUGCAGAUGGUCUACCCCAGGAGGAACCUCUCGGCUGACCAGUGGAGGAACGCCCAGCUGCUCUCCCUCAUCUCAGCCCCCUCCACCAUGCUCAACCCAGCACAGUCCGACACGAUGCCAUGUGAAUAUCUGUCCCUGGAUGCAAUGGAGAAGUGGAUCGUCUUCGGUUUCAUCCUGUGCCACGCGGUGCUGAGCACGGAUGCAGCCGCCCUCUCCCUGUGGAAGCUGGCCCUGCAGAGCUCCACCUGCCUCUGCCUGUUCAGAGACGAGGUCUUCCACAUCCACAAGGCCUGCGAGGACCUGUUCGUCAACAUCAGAGGAUACAACAAGCGUAUCAAUGACAUCCGGGAGUGUAAGGAACAGGCUCUGUCUCAUGCCGGCUCCAUGCACCGAGAGAGACGCAAGUUCCUCAGGUCUGCCCUGAAGGAGCUGGCCACUGUGUUGGCUGAUCAACCAGGACUACUAGGACCCAAGGCAUUAUUUGUUUUCAUGGCGCUGUCCUUUGCACGAGACGAGAUCAUCUGGCUGCUGCGUCACGCCGACAACAUCCAGAAGAAAAGCACAGACGACUUCAUAGACAAGCACAUAGCAGAGCUGAUAUUCUACAUGGAGGAGCUGCGGGCUCACGUCAGGAAGUACGGGCCGGUGAUGCAGCGCUACUAUGUCCAGUACCUGUCGGGCUUCGACGCCGUGGUGCUCAACGAACUGGUCCAGAACCUGUCUGUGUGUCCCGAGGAUGAGUCCAUCAUCAUGUCCUCCUUUGUCAACACCAUGACCUCCCUCAGCGUCAAGCAAGUGGAGGAUGGCGAUGUGUUUGACUUCCGAGGCAUGAGGUUGGACUGGUUCAGAUUGCAGGCCUACACCAGCGUGUCCAAGGCCAGCCUGGGCCUGGUGGACCACAAGGAGCUGGGCAAGAUGAUGAACACCAUCAUCUUCCACACCAAGAUGGUGGACUCCCUGGUGGAGAUGCUGGUGGAGACGUCAGACCUCUCCAUCUUCUGUUUCUACAGCCGGGCGUUUGAGAAGAUGUUCCAGCAGUGUCUGGAGCUUCCCUCCCAGAGCAGACACUCCAUCUGCUUCCCCCUGCUCUGCACACACUUCAUGUCCUGCACACACGAGCUCUGUCCUGAGGAGCGCCAUCACAUCGGCGACCGGAGUCUGUCCCUGUGCAACAUGUUCCUGGACGAGAUGGCCAAGCAGGCCCGCAACCUCAUCACCGACAUCUGCACCGAGCAGUGCACGCUCAGUGACCAGCUGCUGCCUAAGCACUGUGCGAAGACCAUCAGCCAGGCAGUGAACAAGAAGAGCAAGAAGGCAACGGGGAAGAAGGGCGAGCCGGAGAGAGAGAAGCCCGGCGUGGAGAGCAUGAGGAAGAACCGGCUGCUCGUCACCAACCUGGAUAAGCUCCACACAGCACUGUCUGAGCUCUGCUUCUCCAUCAACUACGUACCCAACAUGGUGGUGUGGGAACACACCUUCACCCCCAGAGAGUACCUCACUUCCCACCUGGAGAUCCGCUUCACCAAGUCCAUCGUGGGGAUGACCAUGUACAACCAGGCCACGCAGGAGAUUGCCAAGCCCAGCGAGCUACUGACCAGCGUGCGCGCCUACAUGACGGUGCUGCAGUCCAUAGAGAACUACGUCACCAUCGACAUCACCCGCGUGUUCAACAACGUUUUGCUGCAGCAGACGCAGCACCUGGACAGCCACGGAGAGCCCACCAUCACUAGCCUCUACACCAACUGGUACCUGGAGACGUUGCUUCGCCAGGUGAGCAACGGCCACAUCGCCUACUUCCCGGCCAUGAAGGCGUUUGUCAACCUGCCCACGGAGAACGAGCUGACGUUCAACGCGGAGGAGUACUCCGACAUCUCCGAGAUGCGCUCCCUGUCAGAGCUGCUGGGGCCCUACGGUAUGAAGUUCCUCAGUGAGAGCCUGAUGUGGCACAUCUCCUCACAAGUGGCUGAACUCAAGAAACUGGUGGUGGACAACGUGGAGGUUCUGACCCAGAUGAGGACGAGCUUUGACAAGCCAGAGCACAUGGCGGCCCUCUUCAAGAAACUCUCCUCUGUGGACAGUGUGUUAAAGAGGAUGACCAUCAUCGGCGUCAUCCUGUCCUUCCGCUCCCUGGCUCAGGAAGCUCUCAGAGACGUGCUGUCCUGUCAUAUCCCAUUUCUGGUCAGCUCAGUGGAGGAUUUCAAAGACCACAUCCCCAGAGAGACAGACAUGAAGGUGGCGAUGAAUGUCUACGAGCUGUCAUCAGCAGCUGGCUUGCCCUGCGAAAUCGACCCUGCGCUGGUCGUGGCCCUGUCCUCACAGAAAAGUGAGAACAUAAGUCCAGAGGAGGAGUACAAAAUUGCCUGUCUGCUGAUGGUAUUCGUGGCCGUUUCCAUGCCGACGCUAGCCAGCAAUGUCAUGUCCCAGUACAGCCCUGCCAUCGAAGGCCACUGUAACAACAUUCACUGCCUGGCCAAGGCCGUCAACCAGAUCGCUGCGGCGCUCUUCACCAUCCACAAGGGCAGCAUAGAGGACCGCCUCAAAGAGUUCCUGGCGCUGGCCUCAUCCAGCUUGUUGAAGAUUGGCCAGGAGACGGACAAGAUGACGACCCGCAACAGAGAGUCAGUGUACCUGCUGCUGGACAUGAUCGUCCAGGAGUCGCCCUUCCUCACCAUGGACCUGCUGGAGUCGUGCUUCCCCUACGUGCUGCUGCGUAACGCUUACCACGCCGUCUACAAGCAGAGCAUCAGCGCCAACGCCUAGAUGCACCCGCACGCACGCACGACAGGCCCGCCGGGCGGACACACACACACACACACACACACGCCCCCGCAACAUCAGGCUCACAGAAAUGCACAAAACAGCCUUAGUGCAAUUUGUGUGGCAAAAAAAAUAGGAAAUGCGACACAACGCACUACACACACUCCAUACUACGCCAGCCAUUGGCACGUUUGAACACUCUGACCCCACUCUGACCCUUCCACACUACAGUUUACUACAUGGAACGAUCGCGACGGCAGGAGAAGGGGGGCCGCCUCUAUUAGACCCCCACGCCCCCGAACACACACUCAAAGACACACACAGACACACACUACCAUUCUGUGUACAACGGGGCGUUGACACACAACUUCAUAAACACACUGUUGACAAAAACAUUGACCCACUAAACGACCCUCAACAGCACACUGACAAGCUAUUAAUGCGAACUCCCCCUGAACACUGAGUCCCACACAGAGCUAUAUGCAGACACUACACAAACGCACACAUUUUACACACCCAAACGGCGUAUUAAAGCGGGCGGGCGCCUUGGUGUGGAAACGGUAACACUAAAAAACAGCUGGAAAUGAGUUAGGGGGAUCACGAUCUUUGUUGCCAAGGGGACCAUGACCAUAGCAACGCGUAUACCUUAACCAUAGCUGGUUUAAAAUGAACAAAUAUAUAAAUAUAAAUAUAUAUAUAUAGUUGAGAAACUAAAAUAUUCCUUUUACUUUUCUUUUUUUGUUUUGAAUUGAGGUGUUCAGAAGACUUGCUCGUGGUUUUGGAUUUGGAUGAUUUUAUUAUGUGAAUGGGUGUGAUGAUGUGACGUGGGGGUUAUGCUUUUAUUUUGAAGAGUGUAAUGAUUCCUGUAUUGAUAAUGAAAGACUUGUUGCUUGUAACUGUACCGUAUGUAAACACAUGCACAUACACGCACACAUACACACACACGCAGACACUAACUUACUGAGAACACUAGAAGUACACCCGUACAAACUCUUCCGACAUUUCAUAGUGAGCAUACACAUUUGUUGUAACAUGGUGGUUUUGUUUUUCUUUCCUUUUUCUAACUAGUAAUAACUUUUGUGGGUAAAGGUAUGAUAUCUGUAUUCUGCUUUGAUGUGAACUAAACAUGUCUGUUUUUACUGAUUAUGUUUUUGUUUUUAUGAUGAUGAUAAAUGAUUAGCCAAAUGUGUCAAAACUCCAAACUGUGUACCAGGGCCUCGACGCGACGUGUGUUAUGGGGUGAUCUGCCUGGUGGUUGGCGAUACGGCCAUAGUGAUGGUCCCGACCAUCUGGGGGCCUGCUCCUUCACCACACGGCCCAGAUUAGGCUGAGAAGAGAAUGCAGGCGCCAACACUUUGUGAACCUGUCUGACGCGUUGCUGAGCAGGUGACCUGCGGGCUCGUGUUCAGCCCAGUCUAGCGUCACCAUAAGUGUCGAUAUUAUUUUUAUGAUCAAGCGUAGGGUGGGGUUGUGUCUAAGCAUCACUGCUAAUGCAACAUGUUUCUUUAGCAGGGGCUCAGCCCUCUGUUUCUAAAGGGAGGGGAGCACACUGCAAUAUUUUUACAUGCAUUUAAAAAAAGAAAAUAGUGGUUUAAAAGUGUUUUGCAUGUGUUGCUUUUUUUUUUUUUUUUUAAGAGUUAACACUAAAAUCAAUCUUAAUAAAUAUUCUGUUAAAAAAAAAUAAAGAAUUUGUUUAGGUGUUUUGCACAUCA